AUGAACCUCAAUGCGAGACUGAGGGAUCGACCGCACGGGGCCCAUAUGGCAGAUACAUUCUCCACAAUUCUCGAUAGGGCCUCAUGCCUGAGUGGUACUGUAACUUCAUCUCGUCGGAGACUCCUCAGAUCUAGAAUCCUUAAAGAGGUGCCUCAGGGAGUGGUGCAAGCAGCAACUGUACCCAUGAUGGUUUGGACUCAGGGACUGCAAAAUUUAGUGUCGUCGAUGUUGGCAAUAAAAACAUGCCAGUGGUCGAUGAGCCAUAUGGCAGUGACUUUGGGGUCAAUGGUGCAAGGGACCGCGGAGGCUUAUAGGACUCACUUCAAACUAAAGAAGGUCAAAGCGGAGCAUGCCAAAUGCCAAGAUCGUGAAAACGCGCUGGCAGCUCGUCUUGAUGAGGGUAUCAAGAUUGGCAAAGAGACAAUUGAAGGGUCUGAUGGUGAGACCAAGGUUCUGGAAGAGGCAGAGAGAACGGAUGUCAUUCUGUGGGUGCUGAAGACUCUAGAGCAAGGCCAGGACUUGGACCUCAUCAAGCGCAUCUGCACCCGAAAGAAGGAUCGUCGAGAGAUGACCUCGAAUGAAGACAGUGAGCCAAAUCAAGAUGCCAAGCCAGUGCUUAAGGAGCGGGGCAAUCACCCAGUGUAG